CUCGAGGCGAAGGCUUUACAGACAAUAGACACAGACCGAGAUGCUCAGGAUGAUAAGCAACCAGUGUCUGCGCUGCAGACUCAAAUAGAUCAACUUCAACAGAAAGCUGCGGAAGUCGGCAAGUCGAUAGAGAGUCCCAUCUCUUAUGUAGCUGCCCUGAUCACCACACAACAUAACCUCAAAGAACAAGGUAUCAACUUCGAGCAGGAGAAUGCUGCGCUCAAGCAGCUGACCACACAGGUCAGCUAGCACAUAUUCGGCAACGACUUACGGAUGUUCAACGCGAGGUCGAACAAUCUAACCAGGAGAACCAAAGAUUACAAGCCUUGGUUCAAGCCUACCUCGCUGAACCUCGUCAUACUGACGAAAUCCCGCCGCACCCUGACAUGGAAUGCCUGUCUGCUCUGGUCGAAGCCAAAGUCUUGGAUGUCGUGACUCGUGACAUCGAGCCGACCUUGGCCCAAGUCAAGGACGUUCUUUCAGUGCAAAUCAGUAACAACUCUGGGGAAGUGUUCACGGCGAUGUUCGACAGGUUGCAACCGGCCUUGAAGCUCGCUGAGGCUAUAUGUACACGUUUAGAGAAUCAUCAAGCCCC